GCUCCGACGCCCGCCCGACCGGCCCACAUAAAAAGCGCCCAUCCAUUCGGGCAGCGGGCCUCGGGCUCGAAGUGCGACUCGAGCCCGAGUCCCGGCGGCCGGCCGUCACGGCCGGAAGGGUCGGGCCGAAGUCCGGUGAAUCGGCUCAGUCAAUCGCAGGUGCAUCGGGGCGAGGCCGGCGAUGUGUUGUUGCACCACGAGUCCGUUUCAGGCUCGGCCGAGAGGCCGGUCUGUUUCACCUGCAAAGCGACCAUUCGUGGGCCCUAUUUGACCGCUUUGAAUCACUAUUUCUGCCCAGACCACUUCACAUGUGGCCACUGCAAGAAGCGACUGACACAAUCCGCCUUCGUCAAGCAGAAGGGCGAGUUCUUCUGUGAAGCCGAUUUCACAGCCUACCUGGCGCCGAGGUGUGCAAAGUGCGCCCAACCUGUGGUGGGCACGGUGGUCACAGCGUUGGAGCGCCAGUGGCACAGUGGCUGUUUCGUCUGUCUUCACUGUCAGAAGCCGAUCAACGACUCGACUUUUCGCGUCGCCGAUGACGACGGUCAGGUGUACUGUGAAGAGGACUGGCAGCAGCUGUUCCAGGUCAAGUGUGGCAAGUGUGACAAGCCGAUCGAGGAGAUUGACCGCUUCCUCGAGGCUUUCGGCAAGCGCUUCCACGCCGUCUGCUUCACUUGCGCCGCCUGCAUGUGCCCCCUCGAAGGGAAGCCGUUCCAUGCGAGGGACGGAAAGGCCUUCUGUCGGGCGCAUGCUCAUGCGGUUGCCGUCUUUGGCUGA